GAGGGAAGGAGUGGUGGUGCACAUAUAGAGGGGCGGAGAGGGCGCGGCUUGUCCAGACGUUCUCUGUCCUGACGACGACGACGAUGUCGCCGAAGUUGAUAUUUCUGCUGGGAUCCCUGUGUCUACUCGCCGGGACACAGGUCAGAGCGCAGGAUGACGAAGACGGCGACGGGACUGACGCAAACGCCGAGGAACUUUGUCAGGACAGGCCGGGCGACGAAUACUUUCGCUUGAGCGUUGAAGGAGACUGUCGCGAUGUCGUGAGGUGCGACAAAGCCAGCGAGAUCGGCGUGACCAGGCUGGCGACGGUGCGGUGCCCCACGGGUCUCGCGUUCGACAUCGAGCGGCAGACCUGCGACUGGAAGACGAACGUGAAGAACUGCGAUCAGCUCGAGAAGCCGCGUAAAGUCUUGCCCAUCCUCAAAACCGACGAGCCCGUUUGCCCGGAGGGGAAAUUGUCGUGCGGUAACGGCGAGUGCGUCGACAAGGAGCUCUUCUGUAAUGGCAAACCCGACUGCAAAGACGAGUCCGACGAGAACGCCUGCACCGUGGAGACCGAUCCCAAUCGUGCUCCGGAUUGCGAUCCCACGCAAUGCGUCCUGCCCGAUUGCUACUGUUCUGCCGACGGCACCCGCAUACCCGGCAACAUCGAUCCCCAGCAAGUGCCGCAGAUGAUCACGAUCACUUUCAACGGCGCCGUGAACGUGGACAACAUCGAUCUCUACGAGGAGAUCUUCAACGGGCAACGUCAGAACCCGAACGGCUGCCAAAUCCGCGGUACAUUCUUCGUCUCCCACAAGUACACCAAUUAUUCGGCGGUGCAAGAUCUUCAUCGACGCGGCCACGAGAUCUCGGUGUUCUCGUUGACGCACAAGGAGGAUCCGCAAUAUUGGAGCCAGGGUACGUACGAUGAUUGGCUGGCGGAGAUGGCCGGAGCCAGAUUGAUCAUCGAGCGUUUCGCUAACAUCACCGAUGGCUCCAUCAUCGGUGUGCGAGCCCCUUAUCUUCGGGUCGGCGGUAACAAGCAGUUCGAGAUGAUGGCCGAUCAGUUCUUCGUGUACGACGCCUCCAUCACCGCGUCUCUGGGACGUGUGCCAAUUUGGCCGUAUACAUUGUACUUCAGGAUGCCCCACAAGUGUAACGGCAACGGCGGUAACUGUCCAUCGAGGUCUCAUCCAGUCUGGGAGAUGGUGAUGAACGAGUUGGAUCGCAGAGACGAUCCCACCUUCGACGAGUCCUUGCCGGGUUGUCACAUGGUCGAUUCUUGCUCCAACAUUCAGACCGGCGAGCAGUUCGCUCGUCUGCUCAGACACAAUUUCAACAGGCACUUCAACAGCAACCGAGCGCCACUCGGUCUACACUUCCAUGCGUCCUGGCUGAAAAGCAAGAAGGAAUACAAAGACGAGCUAAUCAAGUUCAUCGAGGAGAUGAUCGCCAGGAGCGACGUGUACUUCGUCACUAUGGUGCAGGUGAUUAAGUGGAUGCAACAGCCCACCGAGCUUUCGGCGCUCAGAGAUUUCCAAGACUGGAAGGAGACCUGUGAUGAGAAGGGUUUGCCUUACUGCUCGUUGCCUAACGCUUGCCCUCUGACGACCAGAGAACUGCCUGGCGAGACUCUGCGUCUCUUCACUUGCAUGGAAUGCCCCAACAACUACCCAUGGCUGUUGGAUCCGACCGGCGACGGUUUCUCCGCGAGAAAGUGAUCCAUUAUCCGCGAAACGAAUGACGCGUCAACGCGUCGACCGGCCGCGCGAUCCGGUUAUCAGAGAUCGAUCGUUUUUCCGGCAAGUUCGGAAAUCUCGUCAGGUAAAAUGUGGUAAUCGACCACGUUGAAUCGAGGAACGAGAGCGCAGCUCUGAAAGACACGGAGAAAGCAAUCGGGCGACGAGUACGUUGAGAUGCGUGAUUUCGGGCGAGAUCUCGGGAUCAUCUUAUCACGAUUAGAAAGCGUCCUCUUGGUCGCUCGAAUAUGGAGUCGUAACACUAAUAUUAAAGUAGAGCGAAGCGCCGCUGCUUUCGCAAGGGAAAACGCACCGCGCCCGGUUUCUCUUCCGCGUCUCGACUAUAAUAAUAAUUAUUAUUAUUAUUUAUGUAAAUUAAGAUCGGUAAAACGAACAUUGCCGCAUUCGGUCGCGAGAACAGUCGCGUAUCGAUUUCUCGUGGAUAAUGUCAUCGCGUACGAUCGCUGAUGAAACUCUCGCGGCGAGAAGCUCUUUUCCUUCCUGCCUGCAUGGCGAGAGCUGGUGAAUCACAUCCUGAGAGUGAUUCUCGAAAAUUGAUACUCGACGAAAACGAGAUAAUCCCGGAGACAUCCCAUUUGUACAUAAUCACCGGAUAAUCCUUGCUCUCCCAAUUCUCGUCCUCGUUGUUUUCUAGAGACAUUUGUAUGCGGAACGAUAGCGGAACGAUAGCGGAACCUCGCGGCCGAUAUAAAGAUGAAAAGUUGAAUAUACCAUCCCGUGCCUGUCUCAACAUAUACUUUUAAGAAUUUAAGUGACGCGUGACAUUCUAAGUAAAUAAUUUUUAGUGUCCUUAUAAUUUUUCCGAAUAAAAACUGUACGUACAGCAUGUGGGUAUUACAUAUUGGCUAUCCCGCAAUCAAUACACAAUGUAUUUUUUAACAGCUACAAUAAAUAAUUAAAUGA